AUGUCAUCUGUCCAAGUCAUCGUCAAUUUAUCCUGCUUCGACCUUCCCAAUUGCAACAACUAUGCUCUGUGGUCAUAUUUGAAUGUUCUGGUGAAUCAUUGUUGUGUAUUUCACAAUAUACCACUUCAUUUCCCUUUGCUCGAAUCUCGCCCUAUGCUUACGACCAUGGCCACAACCACCGCGCGACCUGCCCCCCCUCCUCUCGACUGUUCUCCUCAUAUAUCCUGCAACAUUAUUACUCGGGUCUUUGUUCUCAACAAUCUCCCCAACAGCACGCCAUUCCAGAGAUUUCCCGCAAGCCCUCUGGCCCCAUCCCUGGCCUCAGACCUGCACCUAUCCGAAAGCCCCGUCAACUACUUCGCCCGAAAGAAUAAUAUCUUCAAUGUUUACUUUGUGAAGAUCGGAUGGCUAUGGACUACAGCCGCAUUUGUCUCGCUCCUCAUAUUCCAACCCCUAUACUCUUCAUCUCGCCGCGAAUCCUCCUCACAGCAAGAAGCACGUUUCCGACGCACCCUCCAAGCUAUCCUACGCUACGCACUCGCGACAACAGUAUGGUAUCUUUCAACACAAUGGUUCUUCGGGCCAGCAAUCAUUGAUCGUGGUUUCGUAGCCACUGGCGGCAAAUGUGAACGGGCUCUUGAGGAAGUCGGGAAAAUGACCGCUGGGCAGAGUAGCCCAACUGACCUAGAAACACUAUUCACAGCAGCGACGUGUAAAACUGCUGGUGGCGCAUGGAGGGGUGGACAUGAUAUCAGUGGACAUGUGUUGAUGCUGGUUCUGGCCACAGGACUCUUGGCAUUUGAGGCUGUCGGGGCUAGCACACGCGCACCCGCAUGUCUGUCGUGUUUUGGUUCCCCUGGGGAUGCGGGACGUGAGCGCAAGGCCAGUGAUGCCGAUAGUACACCAGUAAUCGAUUCAACUGAGACUGGCGGGUUCGCAAGGACGUGGUCACUCCGUCUUGUUUGGGGUGUUGUUGGCCUGGGCUGGUGGAUGCUCUUCAUGACCGCGAUUUGGUUUCACACUUGGUUAGAAAAGUGGUCUGGCCUAUUCAUUGCUUUGAGUGCUGUGUAUGCCAUCUAUAUUCUUCCAAGAAGGAUAGCACCAUUGAGGGACGUGGUUGGACUUCCGGGAGUAUAGAUGUCUGUUUUGUCUGCGAGAUUUGAUUCUCGGCAGCUGUGAAUAUACCGAAUUAUAAUGAUAGAUUGCAUUGGUUUUGGGCAUGGAGUAGUGCUCAAGUCGUCUUCAUCCCGACGUUGAAAUCCCUGGUUAUACAUGGAAAAGCUAUAUUGUACAUCGUAAAGUGACAAGCCCGGCAUGUCUACUCCAUACUAUUAUUCCAUUCCUG